AUGCUCGACGCCAACGUCGGCUGGGACGACAUCGACGCUGUCGCCUAUCGAAAGGCCCCCGACCUGUUCGAGGGUUCGAUGAUGCCCGAACUCGCCAUGUCGGAUGCUCUUGGUGCCAACGGAAAGCCGUUGCUGCGUUCACCUGCCGGCCUGGUGGUGGGUCACGCUAUCGUCGCUUCCAGCCUGCCAAAUCCGGUGUCCACAAGCGGUCUC